AUGGAUCACACACGCGAUCCUUGUCCUUGGGUCAUCUUGAAUGACUUUGGUGGUGCUUUCUGCAUGGGUGCAAUCGGUGGCACGAUAUGGCACGGCAUCAAGGGCUUCAGAAACUCUCCCUACGGCGAGCGACGGAUAGGUGCCAUCACCGCUGUCAAGAUGCGUGCACCUGUGCUGGGGGGUAACUUUGGCGUCUGGGGAGGUCUCUUCUCCACGUUCGACUGUGCCGUCAAGGGCGUCCGCAAGAAGGAGGAUCCGUACAAUGCCAUUAUUGCUGGCUUCUUCACAGGUGGCUCUCUGGCCAUUCGUGGAGGAUACAAGGCAGCCAGGAACGGUGCCAUCGGCUGUGCUGUGUUACUGGCGGUCAUCGAGGGUGUGGGCAUCGCCUUUUCCAAGAUGAUGGCGAGCAGUACCAAGCUAGAGGUACCACAAGCCCCUCCCGCAAACGAUGCGGCGAUUGUAUGA